ACUGUAAAAAUGCUUCCUGUGUUUUGCUGUUCCAAUUUAUUUAGAUACCAUUAAAUUCUUGUCGUGCCACAUGUCUGUCAGGUUGAUUACCUGCACAUGACCACAUGCCCAGUAGCUGAUUGGCUCAUCACAGACAGUUCUACCCAACCCGCCACACCCUUUUUCUCAGCUUCAGUGGAAGCAGGACAAACCGCCACGGAGAUGGAUUAACUCCCACACCCAACUCAACACACCUCCACUUGUCUACAUUCAUGUCAAACUCUCCGAGCCUUCCACAAUUUGAUGAACCACCCCCAGCCUAAUACCAGUGCAAUGUCGACGGGUGACGCGUGGCAUGGUGGCAUUGCCUUGACAUCCUUGAGCAAUAAGGAGAGCACUGGAAGCUAUGACAGUGUAAUCAGCAUGAACUCUGGCUAUAGUGAGGAUAGCAUGGAGCACUUAUCUGCUGAGGAGAGGGCAUGCCUCAUGUAUCUGGAGCAGACCAUUGAGGCAUGGGAGGUGCAGGAGGACAGUGGACUAUCCAAUGACGAACCAGACUCGGUACUCCUUCUAGAGAAGAUGGGUCUGACUGAGGUUGAUGAUAUUUCCAGAUUAAACUUUGAGUCCAGAAUGGACCAGCGAUCUGAGACCUUGCCCACACUGCUGGGUGGCUUACCAGUAGAGGAGGCGUCUGAGUGCAUGACGUUAACCGAAGAAAACAUACCUGAGCAUUGCCUUUUGAAUCAAAACUGUGAACCAAACUUCAGCACUGUUUCUGAAGCCAGCACAGAAGAUCUUAGAACAUAUGUGAAUGUCAUAUCACGACCUCAACCUCUGGUUACUGGCUCAGUCACUGGUUGCGACAUCCCACUAGAUACAGACACUGAGGGACUCUGUUUACCCCCCAUUGACGACUCUCCAAACAUAAUCACUUGCAUUACUCCAGAGAUAGAUGUAGGUCUGAUUCCCCCUCCAUCUGACUUCAUGGAUGAUCCUGGACCUGAUGCACAGCCCAGUCCUGAGCUUGCUCCGGAGCCUGAUCCAGAGGCUGACUGUGUCAAAGCCCCCCCUCACUCCAGCAGCAGCAUGCCAGUCUCUAUUGACUUGAAGCGGCUAUACCAGAGAGCCAUAGAGAAGAGACCUCCAGUUAGUCCCCCUGUUAACCACAAACAUCUGACAGACAAGCUCCCGAUCGAGGCUCGUCAGAGUCUCCCUGCCUUGGAGUCCCUUGUCCCAGUGAUCGUUCGUCCUGAAGUCACAGAGCCCAAGAGCCCACCCUUUGUGGCCCCUAGGACAAAAAGGUUUUCAGUCAAAACACCACACCAGACACAAACAACAGAACCUAAUUCAACCAUUGCACCCAACGGCAAUCAACAACUGUUGGACCACAAGAGAAUCCACCUUCAGGCCCUCCAGAAGCUUGGGCUGCUUAAAGGGUCUGUGGCCGAUUUGGACCCCUCCCUGAGUCAGGAGCUUUCUCCACAAACUCGAAAGUCAUGGGCAGAUCUUCCAUAUCGAAGCAGUCAGUCACUUCUAAAUUUAUCCAAUCUAACACCAUCAGAUAUCUUCAAAAGCAAUGCGUCCCGUGGCUCUCCCUCCACUGCUUCGUCUGGCCCCUCUGCCUUCAGUGACCGUGCCAAACCUCUCUUGUCAGAUCGUGGACAAUCUCCUGUGAACAAUGUGUUAACAGUUAAUACCCAGAUGAAAUCCCCUCCUCGCACACCUUCGGACCUGGUCAAGCAGUUAACCAAGGCCACAGGUGCACAAUCAGGUUCCACGGAGCACUCCGGCCAGCGCCUAAGCCGCCCCGUGGAUCGUCACGAAAGCAUUAGCGUUGAGCAGUGCCUCAGUCAUGCCAUUAGCCCGGACUUUCGGAGACGUGCCUCCUCCCACUCGGCCUUCCAGCACUCUCAGAACUCUCACAAGGAGUCACGGUCACAAGGCGUCAGUGUGUUGAUCUGCCCUCGCGAUGAAAAUGGAGUGGGCCGCCGUGAAGCCCUGAAGAAACUCGGACUGAUCAGGGACUAAGACAAACUUUUCACCCUCUCAAAAUGCCACAAACCUUCCACAUAAUGAACUGUAAAUAAAUACACACGGACAUACAUCAUGUUCUGACUCACAGGAAGGUGUUGUAUUCCUUAGUGGAUGCCCUUGGGCUGAUGGACGCCCCAACAUCGCAAUCUUUAUCUACAUAUUGAUAUCCACUUGCAGUACCUUAUAACCUAAGACCUUCAGUCAUCAAUGCCAUACCUCCGCUAGCAUCCACUACUUUGAUUGCAAACAUGCUCCUAAGACUGUCAGUCAAGCACUCAGGGAUUCAUAUUUAACUCUUUGUUGGGCGGCUGUGGCUCAGACCGAAGGGGAACUGAUUCAAAUCCUGGCUACAACUGUCCGCAUGUCGAAGUGUCCUUGGGCAAGACACUGAACCCUAAUUUGCUCCCAGCGGGCAUGGUAGCAGUUGGCCAUUGGUGUAUGAAUGUGUGGGUAUAUGUGAGGCUUUGUAAAGCGCUUUGGGCCCUGUGAUGGUGUAGAUAAAGCGCUGUACGAGUGCAGUCCAUUUACAAUUUACCAAGAAAAUACUUACCUUAACCUUAUAAAGGAAACGAAGGUUGUCUAUUACUGUCUGUUUUCACAAGUCGUUCCUUUUUUGACAACAGGCAAUGGUUUUUAUUUUUAAGAUUAUGCACUGAGGAGUUUGGCAGUGUACUGCAUAAAGGUGUCAAAAAGCAGGAAGGUGUUGCGUAAAUAAAAUAUGUCCUGCAUUGCUUGUAUCUCCCUUUUGUACAAAGACAGAAGCUGCAAGGGGAUACGAGUGUCAGACGUGUAGUUGGUGUGGUUAGCUUAUGUUGCAGCAACUGGAGUUACCGGUACAUGGACAUGGAGUGUUGCCUUCAGCUCUGUGGGUGGCUUUGGAGCUGAUCUGUAGCUAGAAAAGCGUUAUCUUCGAGAUUUUAUUUUAUGUUCAUUUGGAACAAGCCAAGGCGGCACGGUGGCCGACUGGUUAGAGCGUCAGCCUCACAGUUCUGAGGUGCGGGGUUCAAUCCCCGUCCCCGCCUGUGUGGAGUUUGCAUGUUCUCCCCGUGCCUGCGUGGGUUUUCUCCGGGCACUCCGGUUUCCUCCCACAUCCCAAAAACAUGCAUGAAUUGGAGACUCUAAAUUGCCCGUAGGCAUGACUGUGAGUGCGAAUGGUUGUUUGUUCCUAUGUGCCCUGCGAUUGGCUGGCAACCAGUUCAGGGUGUACCCCGCCUCCUGCCCGAUGACAGCUGGGAUAGGCUCCAGCACCCCCGCGACCCUAGUGAGGAGAAGCGGCUUAGAAAAUGGAUGGAUGGAUGGAUGGAACAAGCCAUUGUAUGUGAUUAAAUCUCCCGUGUGUCAUCAUACUGUACAUUGAGCCACCAUUCCCUGGCUCGUCUCCAGCGCAGUUAUGUAAUGGGAAGGUAUGAGAACUGGUGCAACCCGUUCUUCUCUAGUUCACCUUUGCUGCUCGCGAUGAUGGCACAUUAAUUACCACAAGCUGAAUGAAUAACACGCCUGAUGAGAAAUAAACUCAAGUGUUUGUGGUUUAAACACAUUGUUUUACACCAGAUCGCUGCAAUGUAUUUAAAGGGAACUGAGAUUUUAAAACAAGUUGGGUUCUGUUUUUCUUCUGAACAAGAAACACUUAGGUUAAGUAAGCCACUAGGAUGCUGUGAAUUUGGUCUCAAGCUUCUUCAUAAAAAGCACUUUGGCCGCUAGAGGGCGGUCCUGUUUUAAACAAUCUCCACUGCCACAAGACUGGAUAGGAACCAAAACGAUGGACAGCCUAUAUAUAAAUCUAUCAAAUCUAAAUCUAAAUCUAUAUCUUCAUAUAUAGCUAUAUAGAUCUCUAUCUAUCUAUCUAUCUAUCUAUCUAUCUAUCUAUCUAUCUAUCUAUCUAUCUAUCUAUCUAUCUAUCUAUCUAUCUAUCUAUAAGGUUCUGCAUACUUACCUAUUGCAUGUGAAUUAACUAUCUCAUAAAACAGAAAGAAAGGAUGUACUCAUAUUCUUUGUGCCUUUUUAUUGUACGGCAUAUUAUAAUAGUGGAUGAGUGUGUUUGAGAGAGAUCAAUCUCGUUUUAUUCAUUCAGAAAAAUUCUAGGCUGUUUUUAUAUUUCUUUGAACAUGACCCCCAACAUAACCAUAAAUGUGUAUAUAUAACGGACAUUGUCAUGAUAGUCUGUUAUAAUAUUUGCAAUGACCUUAACAUUUGCAUGCACAUCAUGAAAGAGUUUAGGGGGGGGUUAACAAAUUAGCCUCCUCAACAGUGUGAAAGUAAUUCUCUGGAUCUUUACUGCUGAGUAUUAAACUGCCAGUGGGAAAAAAUGCAAAAUCAGUAACUUAAAGUCAAUAUCAAUUUAUGUGGAUUUAAACUCUAAACCUGUUGUUUUUAUAGUUUUGCAGUUGUAUUUUAUUUUGUCUGAACUUUUACUAUGGCUACAUAGUUUUACAUUGAUGGGCCUGUUGCUGCAUCGUUUUAUUUACCAUGGUGUCAUCAGGACCCAAACAUAACCAUGUCUUAGAGGUGUGAUAUUUCACUGGAAAGGAGGGAAUUAAACAUGGUCAGAAUCUUUGGUAUUUCAUGACGCACAGACAAACGUCCUCAGACAGCGUCUGCCUGAAAAUCCUCGUACUUUUCUUCCCUUGCAAGGCCAUCAAAGAGGAUUAGUGCAGACAAAGUGGCACGAAACCAUUUCUGAGGUUCAAACAUGCCCGCCGUGUCAGUGCUGUGUUUUCUAAAGAGUCAAACCUGUAGUGUGGGUCUUUAACCUAAUAAUAAUAAUCAUAAUAAUAAUAAUAGUGUUGAACGUUCAUUACAUCCACUUCCUUGCCAAAUGCCUGCAGAUAAUAAUCAAUGAGCCAAUCACAGCCAAACGAAUUUUUGCUAUUAAAACUUGUAGACCAUAGAGUAUUGUUUACUUUGGUUGUUCAAAUUCAUUGUUUAAUUAGAAUCUCAUGACAUCAUCAUUGAUAGAUUGUUUGGGGGAACUUGCCUAAGAGCACACUUAAUAUAUAUGCCCUGCCAUGUAAAAAAAAAUAAAUAAAUAAAUGAUUGCUUUAUUUUUGCCUUUUCUGUAAUCCAACAUAAAGCUGCCAUUCUUUACCAUUUUUUACUAUCGAGAAUAAAAGAUAAUGAGGCCCUGAUGACUUGUAGCAAAUGCUUAAUCAUUUUUUGCUCCCUGCUCCACGGAAAUAAAGUAUAUUUAUGAUAGCCUAAUGGCUUUUUGUGAGGGGCAAACACACAAUUGACUAUUAUGACAGCAGGGCCUUGGUAUUCAAAAUGACGAAGAGAAAUGCAACUUGGCAUUUAUCUUUGCAAAGAAAAUUACAUUAAGUUUCCACUCACACGAGAUGCAAUUUAAUAUCCUGUAGCUUUCCAAAAAUAGCAGACAGCCUGAGCAGGUAUUGUGCUGCUUUGUUCUUCGCUUGGUUUUAAAUAUACUUCUAUUUAUUUAUUCACUUUUCUUGAUUGUUGAUUGUCCAAACACUGGAUUGAAUGAUGACUGCCCUGCGACCAUUCCAGGGUGUACCCUGCUUCUUGCCCAAAGUCAGAAGCGGUAGGCUCCAGCUCAGUGGCGUCAUUAGGGCUAUUUUAGGGGGGCUUCAGCCUUGAAUACGAUAGAAUCAACCACCAGUAAGCGUUUUUUGGAUUGGUUUCAACCCAAAAAAGAAAAAAAAAAAACUAAAAAAUGGGGGAGAAAAGAAAAUGGAAAAAAAUCAAAUAAAAUCGGCAGACAGAUGAAUCCGCAGGUGCCGAACUGCCAGUAUGUGGGGGUCCACUGUAAUUGACAAGCUGGUUAGGAGUAGCAUGGGACUUUUUGUCAGCCCUGUAUUGUGAAGCUCAUGGCUGUUUAUAUUGUGAAGCAACAUCUUAUCAUUCAUUGUGCAACUCCUUGCUGUUUACAUAAAGAUGAAGGAGGUUAUAGAGUGAACUUUAUGCGUGAAUUCACACCAUGAAACAGGAGCUGAGCUCAUUUACAUAGAGUUGUCAUCCGUGGAUCUUACUGCAUAAUAAUAAUAAUAAUCCAUUUUCUGAAACGCUGAUGCUCAUUAGGGUUACGGGUGCGCUGGCACCUAUCCCAGCUGACUUUGGGCGAGUACACCCUCAACUGGUCACCAGCCAAUCGCAGGGCACAUAUAGGCAAACAACCCUUCACACUCAGAUUCAUACCUGUGGACAAUUUACAGUCUCCAAUCAACCUACCAUGCAGGUUUUCCUUUUUUUUGGGGGGAAAUGUGGGAGGAAACCGGAGUACCUGGAGAAAACCCACUCAGCCACAGGGAGAACAUGCAAACUCCACAGAGGCCAGGUUGGAUUUGAACCCGGGUCCUCAGAACUGUGAAGCAGAGGUGCUAACCAGUCAUCCAUUGUCCCACAGUAACAACAAUAAUAAUCAUCAUCAUCAUCAUCGUCAUAAUAGUCACUCGUCCACCCAUAUUGAACUGUAGGAAUCAGAGUUGAUGAGUAGAGAGUAACACGGGAGCCAAUAUCUACGGGAAAUGUGAGUCUAUAGGUUUUUCCAGAAGAAAGCCAUUUGUGAUGGAGUCUAUGAAUUAUAUUGAACUCAAUAUUGAUAUGAAAUAUGAAAUAUUUCAGUCAAGGUGCAUCUUGACUUGAAAUUUUAUUUAGGAGAGCAAUGAUUAGAAAGUGAAGAGAGCCAAGAGAUAAAUAUAAGCCAAAUUAACCUGUCCCCCAUAUUUUCAAGAUGACUUUAAUAUUACUUUAUUAUUUAAUUUAAAAUUAAUUGAGUAAAAAUAUUACUCGAGUAAUAAUAAUCCUUUCGCCAACCAUUUUAGUCAAAUAUGCGCCAAAUAUGUAAUCUCUGCAACUUCAAAAGUAUUUGGGGGCAAACACUUAUUGUGUUGUGAGCCAAAAUCAUGUCAUGUCAGCCUCCAUAUUGAUCAGUUAUUAAUUAAAUGUGUUUCACUGUAUUUUGAAGGGGAAUAAUUCACAUCCUUGCAGUAAUGUCAAUCGAAAAAGACACACCUCAGCAUCUUUGUCAAAACAGCGAUAGACCGACUUGCACCCUUAAAACCAGAUGGCAUUCGUUGAUGCUUCCACCCACCAAGUAGCUGGUGAUUGCAGCUGUUAAUUUGAUUUUGAUUACAUUGUGAACUCCUCAAAGGUAAAUUAUUCCCUGUAUUUUUUUGUUAAUUGAAAAUGAUGAUCUUGGCUGACUUUGUGACAAAAGUGACCUUUUUUUGCAUUCAUUUUGCAUACACUCUAACAAUGUGUACAUAUUUUUGGGGUGGUGAAUACUGUAAACAUACUACAUGUUUGUGGACUGUAUUAAAGAAUACAACUAAAAAAUAAAUACUACAAAUCUAACAGUGACUUUGAACAUUUACCCAGUAUUGUAUUGUUUUCAAAUAUGUCCAAAAACAUUAAAAAGCAAAUUUUCAGUCUUCA